UCGAGGCCUCCCGGCGUGCAUCGCGCGUCCGCCUUGGCGGGCUUCGCGGUUCGGAUUCGCCGAUGCAGCGCGGCGUGUGGAGGGGCUUGGAGGCUGCUGAUCAAGUUAAAGGAUUUCGAAGCGGCUGUUCUCUUCUAUUUAUUGCAUUAAAUCAUUAGUAAUUAAUCAAAGCGCCCCCCCCCCGUGCCUCCUGGCGAGGUGCCCCUCUGGUCUUUAGCCGCGUUGCUUCGGGUUGCUGCGAGCUGUGAAAAGUGAAAGGUUAUGCCGGUGCUAACCAUAGGAGGGAUUCCUGUGAGCUUCCCUUUUACACCCUACAAAUGCCAGGAGGACUACAUGGCCCAAGUGAUCGACUGCCUGAACCUGGGAAAGAAUGGCAUAUUGGAGAGUCCAACGGGCACAGGCAAGACGCUGUGCCUUCUCUGUGCAACACUGGCUUGGCGGGAGCACCAAGUGGGCCAGCAUGUGCGGCAACGGGAACAGCAGAACAGCUGGGGAGACGAUGGACGUGAAGCCGAAGCCGCAGUCACCUACCCUGGUGGCGUCGGCAACAUUCCCAAGAUCAUCUAUUCCUCCCGGACUCACUCCCAGCUUUCACAGGCUAUGAACGAAUUGAAAAAUGCAUCCUACAAGCCACGUGUGUGCGUGUUGGGAUCCAGGGAACAGCUGUGCAUUCACCCGGACGUCGUAAAGCAGGAGAGCAAUCAUGCGAAGGUGCAUCUGUGCCGCGCAAAGACAACCAGCAGGUCCUGCUUUUACUACAACAACGUAGAAGAGAAGAAGACGGAUUUUAUUGCAGGGAUAAUGGACGUGGAGGAACUUGUGAAGAAGGGCAAAAAACACCAGGUGUGUCCAUACUUCAUGACCCAGGAACUCAAGCACGAUGCUGACAUCAUAUUUAUGCCGUAUAAUUACCUGCUCGACACAAAGAGUCGGCGAGCACACAGCAUCGAUCUCUCGGGAAAGAUCGUCAUCUUCGAUGAAGCCCACAACGUGGAGAGGCUGUGCGAGAAUGCGGCUUCUUUUGACCUGACCCCGUUUGAGCUGGCGUCCAGCAUAGACGCAGUCUCCCACUUCCUGCAGAUGAAGGUGAAGGAGGAGGGGCUGCUAGGGUCAACGGACAAAUUCAACGGCGACGGCUCAUCCACUGAUGUCAGCAUAGAGGAUGUUGCAAAUAUAAAGCAGCUGCUGCUGAACCUGGAGCGAGAGAUUGAUCUUGUGGAACUGCCAGGGGGGGGUAGCAUCACCAAACAGGGCAGCUUCCUGUUUGAGCUCUUUGAGCGGGCGGGCAUUGGGUCUCAAAUCAUGAAAACCCUCAUGGACGGUCUGGAGAGCAUCGUGGGAGCGAUCACCAUCAAGACGGGGAUAUUCAACAACACGACUGGGAUACAGAAUCUGUUGGAAGCUUUCCAGAUUGCAUUUUCACACGAAAACCGACAAAGGGCAAACAUGGAGACUUAUUACAAGGUCCACAUUCGUAUGGAUGACAGCAACUGGAAGAAGAAGCAGCAGCAGAAAGCAGACCCCUGGGCGGUGGCUUCUUCAGCCAAAAAACAAGGUAAGGUCGUCAGCUACUGGUGCUUCAGCCCGGGCCACACAAUGAAGGAGCUGCUACAGCAAAAUGUGCGAUGCCUCAUCCUCACCAGCGGAACACUCUCCCCCAUGGCUUCCUUCACCGCCGAGCUGCAGAUCGAUUUCCCCAUCAAGCUGGAGAACCCGCACGUCAUUGACAAGCACCAGGUGUGGGUGGGAAUCGUUGAAAAGGGGCCAGACUCCGUGCAGUUGAAUUCAGCGUACAGAAACAGGUCCUGCCCGGCGUACAUGUCGUCACUGGGAAAGACAAUAGUGAACCUGGCGAGGAUCAUCCCCAAUGGGCUGCUCGUGUUCUUCCCCUCCUACACCGUCAUGGACAUGUGCCUUCAGCACUGGAAGAACGAGGGAUUAUCAAGCAAGAUUGAAGAGAUUAAACCUAUGUUUGUGGAGCCCAAGCAGAAAGGGCUUUUCACAGAGGCAAUUAAUGGUUUCUACGAUAAGAUUAACGACCCACGGUGCAGCGCCGCAGCCUUCUUUGCCGUCUGCAGAGGAAAGGUGAGCGAGGGCCUGGACUUCGCUGACGCCAAUGGCCGGGCGGUGAUUAUCACGGGGCUACCAUUCCCACCGCAAAUGGACCCGUGGAUAAAGCUGAAGAUGCAGUUCCUGGACGAGAUGAAGGCCAAGCGGUCGACGGAGAUGCAGUUUGUGGGCCUCUCUGGCCAGGAGUGGUACACCCAGCAGGCUUCGCGUGCUGUCAACCAGGCCAUCGGCCGCGUCAUACGACACCGCCACGACUACGGCGCCAUCAUCCUCUGCGACCACAGGUUCUCAUCCGCUAGUGCGGUAGCGCAGCUGCCGUCCUGGAUGCGUCCUUCUGUUAAGGCCUACCCGGAAUUCGGUGCAGUGGUCCGCGAGCUGUCGCAGUUUUUCCGGACUGCAACAAAAAUGUUGCCUGCCCCCCAGCGAAAGGUGUCGUGCAGAGGGCAGGUGGCGUGCGGGGAGGCGGACGGGGCGGGGUGCAGCUCCUCCUCCCUGCAGGCCAACGCCUGCGGCGAUCUACGCAAGGCCAGGGCCGUAGACGCCCACGUGCCCAGCCUGCGACGACUCGCAGCCGAUCCCGGGGACUACCACGCGGGGGUUAGCGGCCUGGCACGGCUGUGUGUGGAGUUCGAGCCCGAGGACGGGCGCCCGGCAUGCCGGCCCGCGGGGCUCUUGGACGCCCUGGAGUUUAGCGAGCGCCGGGAGCGGAACGGCGUAAGCCACCUACCCGGCGAGGAACAGGCCUAUCGGCUCUCCACCCAGACGUUGCGGCACGACAAGAUUUUGGAUGACGAGCAGCGCGGCAGCAAGAAGAAGAUGGUGGUGGUGAGCAAUCAUCAGGAGCGGGCGCAUGCCGGCGGGGUGGCGGAGGGCAGCAGCAAGCGCUCGAAUCCGACGCCGGCUAGCCACGUGGAACGCUCGCGCGCCUACAUUCAGGACGUGAGGCGCACCCUGAGCCAAGAGAAUCACGCCAACUUCUGCAGCGCCAUGCACGAGUACAAGCGGAUGGACGACCUGCAGCUCCUCUUCCAGAAGCUGGGCCCCAUCUUCACCGAGGACCCCAUGAAGUACCGGCUACUCCGCCAGUUUUACAUCUUCGUCCGGCCGCAUCACAAGAAGGCAUUUGAUGAGACUUGCCGGGACCUGACGGGCGAGGGCUGCGGCUACGUGGCGGAGCACAGCUUGACUCGCGAGCAGCGCACCGAACUCCUCCAGCAGAACGCAGCGCAGUCAGGCGUCCAGACCAAAAGGAAGCUCAGUUCAGAGGAUGGAAGCGUACACGGGAACCCCAAGUCGAAGCUCGGCUGCUCGGCGGCGAUCUCCGCCGAGAGCUCCGCGCAGGAGUUGGACAGCAGCACUCACCUGAACAAGGGCGCCGGCCACCUGAGGCCGCUGGAGCAAGCGUCGACCUCGUGCGCCGUCGUGGCUGUGCCCGAGAAACCCACGGCGCAAACCGCCAAGCAACGCGACGUGGAGCAGGAGCGCUGCAGGAAAGCGUGCGCGCGGUACGUGGAUGAGGUGCGGAUCUUGCUCGGCGCUGGGGAGUUUGACCGCUUCUUCGGCGCCCUCAAGGACUACCGAUCAAGCGGCGACUUCCAGGCCAUGGUGGCCGCGCUGGCCGCCCUCUUCCUGGAGGAUCCUACCCACGCGAUGCUGCUGCGGAAGUUCUCGGUGUUCAUCCUCCAGCAGCACCGGGAGAAGUUUGAGGGAGUGUGCCGCGACCUUACGGGCGAAGGCUGCGACUGGGGCCACAGGCAGGCGCAGAAGGCUCGGUCAGAUGGAGUUGGUGCCCCGGCCUCCACAGCGUCUCAGAAUGCUGGGAAAAGGGACACCAUUUCAGGUCAGAGCAAGAUUUCCUCGUUCUUCGGAGGAACCGACAGGAAGGCCGAGGCUCUGGGGUCGAACCGCGGGGCGGCACAAACGCAGGGUGGCGGCAGCGAGCAGCCAGGCUCAUCCGCCCAGUCUGGCCUCACCGUACAGCAGAGCAGCAGUGCAGCUCGGCCUGCGAAUGUCAAAAGCGGUGCGGAGCAAACGGGCCACCCUGUUCCAAAGGGUUUGGACUCACAAAUCAACUUUCUGCUGAAAUAUGAGGAUCAUUAUUAUGAGAGGACCAAGUGUGGGAUGUGCAAAUUAAAGGCAUCGGCAUACUUAGCGUGCCCAUCGUGCAGUGUCGUCGGCUGUGCGCGAUGCUGGCGGUUGUGGUGCAAGCUGACCCAGACCUGCCCUGAUUGCUCAGAAGCGAUUAGGUGGCGAAAUCUGCUCCCCUUCUUCCAUAUGUUUGAAGAGGAAUGUGAAGACCUAUAAUGCGACAUCCAUGACCGUUGUCAUUAAUUGGGAGAUGAUUUGUAGCCAAGAGUGUAUUAAGGUCCUUCUAAGAUCUUGGCUACAUGUCAAAAGUUACUCUUGUAAGAGCGAAGCUAAUCAUGAUUAUAAUUGAGGACAUUACAAGCUACAUUAUGGAUCAAAUCAGUGUUUGCCGUCACGUUUAUCUAUGUUGCGUCUUGGUAAUUUCCAUGGUUGGUUACAAUCACACCCGCUCUGACCUCACCGGCCGCUGUACGUGACACUGCUCAAUAGUUUCCACCACGAGUACCGAGUUCGUGUUUAUGGUCAAAUCGAAAGUUCACGCAAAUUACAUCUGUAAAUAGUUUCAUGAUGAUUUCCUAACGUUUUGACCCCCGUUCGGAGCAGUCUUCUGCUCUUAUACAUCGCCCUGAUAUAUGCUCUCUUGUCCCUCGGGUGUUUUACAACGAGUUCCUCUCGGAGGGACAAUGUACAUGGCGCGUUUGUUUUCUUUCUCGGGCGACCUUUCCACUCUAUCACAAAACGUGAUUCUUUCGGGAUGCCCCCUCUCCAUGACAACUGCAAACGGUGCCAAACUCACGCUGAUAGUGCCUGAGAGUGUGCGAUUGGCCCCGUCGCAUCGCGUGGCUUUGCGCAUACUAAAUUUCAGAAAGGGUGAAGAUACGACCUUUUUUUUUUACCUCUUCUGAUGAGCUUUUCGGGUCGCACCGCGUGUCGUUCUGUACGAUGUCCGACGUUUUUUGCCCCACGUGCUGGGAGCCUGAAGCUCUUGAGCACGUGGAGUGAAACAUCGGAUACCACGCCGAACAACACGAGAUACAGCCCGAAGACACAUCUGAGCUGUAACAAAUAAUCCGAAGUCCAUAACUUCGAGUGCAUGCAGUUUGUAUCCCCUCUAUUGUUUCUUGUAGUUGCCUUAACUGCGCUUGUAUACACGUUCCCUUUUGACCAAAUCUGAUAGCAGUGUUGCACAAACCACCUUGCAAUCAAGUUCAAUUAUUUGAUUUCUGGGCACGGUUCUGUCACGUGCGUUUAUUUAUAGGAGGCUGUUUUUUCGAGAAAAUGGUUAUGUUUUAUUUUGCAUGCUUUGCUCAUUGUUGUUUUUGUCAUUGAAUAGCCUUGUUUUUUCAAGUUUCCACUAGUAAGUGUAUAUAAUGCAUCCGAUGUGUGUGUGUGUAUGUACAGAAUAUAUGUUGAGCUGCUAUGUGUUCGGUUUUUUGUGACAGGUGAAAUAGAAUGGUGGAAGGUUUUUGUGGUAGUGAUACUCGUGUGUGCGAUGACAAAAGAAAACAUCUCAGUCUGUGUACGUAUGGAGUAAGCCUUGGUUCAACUUGGCAGAUGUUGGCUGUCUAUCCGAGUAAAAUAAUAUAACACGCUGCCUGGCAUGUUAAUGUUUUACAUUGUUAUUGCAAUGAGAGUGGAGCAUCUCUCUAUGUCCCCUGACUUCAUCAUAAUUCAUAGCAGCUCUUCUUAUUCUUGGUUCUUUCGGUAAAGUCACGUAGAAAGGAAAUAAUAAAAUAAUACAAAUAAAACAAUACAAUUCUCGAUUGCAACACAAGCACAACAGAAUAACUGCUUUUUAAAUUUC